AUGAACGGAACUACCGAACAUCGCAGCGAUCGCCUAAAAAUUCUAGUCGUGGGUGCCGGCAUUGGCGGCCUGACAGCAGGGCUAGCGUUACGUCAGCAAGGGCAUGAAGUUCUGGUCUUUGAGCAGUCCCGGUUUGCAAGUGAAGCCGGAGCAGCAAUCCACCUUGCACCGAACGCCAAUGGCAUACUGCGGCGCCUCGGAAUAUGGGCGGAGAAUUUCGGGGCGAAUCGGAUGCAGAAAUUGACCGAAUACAACUCUAUGGGUGAGAAGAUGCGGUCGAUGGGGCUGGAAGAGGCUAAUAAGAUGUGGCAACAUCCAUGGCUUCUUGCUCAUCGUAUUUAUCUCCAUGAUGCUCUCAAAAAAGCGGCGACAUCCGCACAGGGGAAGGGAGGACCGGUGAAACUGCACACGUCCAGUAAAGUCGUUGAUGUCGAUCCGAGGGCCGCACGUGUUACUCUGGCAGACGGCAGCGAAUUUGAGGGCGAUAUUGUUCUCGGGGCGGAUGGAGUCCAUUCCAGGGCGCGGUCACGGGUUGCCGGGAGCGAGUUCAAACCAUUCUGUUGCGGGAAGAGCGCGUUCCGGUUCCUGAUACCCAGGAAAGCAGCCCAAGAGGACGAGAAGACCAGCCGCUUCGUCCAGGAGUCAGGAGAGCUGUCAAUGUGGUAUGGCACGGACAGAAGAGUCAUCAUGUACCCCACGUCGAACAACGAGAUGCUCAACUUCGUCUGCGUCCAUCCAGAAGCGGAGUCGGAAGCUGGCGAUGACUGGAACAAGGGCGGCAAUCUUGACAGGAUGUUGCAGGUAUAUCAGGGCUUCGAUCCGGCGUUGCUGGCGUUGCUCAGCAAAGCUGAUCCCGCAACCUUGAAAGUAUGGAAGCUGCUCGAUAUGGAGGUCCUGCCGACAUGGACAAACGAACGACUGGCUCUCCUCGGUGAUGCAGCGCAUCCGUUCUUACCGCAUCAAGGCCAAGGCGGGGCGGUCGCCAUCGAAGAUGCAGCGUCUCUGGCUGUCGUUCUAGGCGCAGGAACACCGCGAGAAGAGAUCCCCGAUCGGUUGAAACUGUACGAGAGGAUAAGAUAUGACCGUGCAAACCGAAUUCAGGAUUUCUCGAGGCUCAUGGGAGCAGACCUAGAUAAGAAGGUUAAAUUGGACAUGUUCGCGUUUACCAACUUCAACUUCGGCCACGACGAAUGGGACAACUCCUCGCAAAAGCUACGGGAGUGGACAUGGGACCGGACGCCCAACGUCUACUGGCGAAUGCCAAUCGCCUUUGGCCCUAUGCCAGGUCCGCGACAGACACAUUUCGGUGUCGCAAGACAAGCCACUGAAUCCACAUUCACGACUGCUUCCAUCAAAUUCAAGACGUCACGCACCCUACUCCAGAAUCUUUUCCCACGGGGCGUGCCAGGCUGGCGGUUCAAGUCUCCCGGCACUGUGGCGUACGCGUCCUUCUCGCAAACGACCCUGAAUAAGAUGGAAUGGCUCGGAGGAUCGGGGUACAACCACCUCGGCCUGUAUAUCCACGGCGUCGAGUACGAGAAGCAGAACGGAGAUGUCGUCAGCGGCGCGUAUAUGCCAAUUCUUUUCGAAAACCUGACUGAUCCCAUCGUCUCUGGCCGUGAAGAACUGGGCAUGCCAAAAUUGUACUCGUCAAUCGACGUAUACCGCCGAGCAACCUCUUACCGCAUAAACACGGGAUGGCAAGGCGCCAUGUGGGGCAGAUUCACCCUGGAAAAUCUGAAAGAAGUCGAAGCAGCAGGAGAUGGCGGCUCCAUCAGCGGUGAUAACGACGCCGGCAUCCUGACAUACCGGUACAUGCCCGCCGUUGGCCGCAGUACCAAGGGCACCGCGGAAGCGGCGUAUCCAGUGUACGUGCCAUUUAAAGAUGAGGUGCCGCAACCGAAGCCGUUGAGGGUAUUCGAGGCGGACAAGGCAAGCUUCAAGAUCGACAAACUGGAUUGGGAGGCGCUGCCUACGCUCCAUCAUGUUAUUGAGCGGUUGGCGGAGCUGCCGGUGUAUGAGGUGGUCGCUGCGAAAGUUGUCGAGGGCGUUGGCGUCCCAGAUGUCGCUGCUGCACAGCGUGUGGAAUAA